AUGUCUUCUCCUCAGGACCGCGUCCAGAACCUUGUUGCUCAGGUUGAUAAAGAGCUCUCCAAGUACCCCGUGCUCAACAAUCUCGAGAAGCAGACCUCGAUCCCCAAGGCCUAUGGCGUGCUUGGCUUGGGCGCACUUUAUCUCUUCCUGAUCAUCUUCAACCUCGGCGGCCAGCUUCUGACCAACAUUGCGGGCUUCGUUAUCCCCGGAUACUUUUCCCUUGCUGCUCUCUUCACUACGAGCAAGGCGGACGAUACUCAAUGGCUUACCUACUGGGUUGUGUUUGCGUUCUUCACUGUUCUUGAGAGCCUCGUCAGCGUUGUCUACUGGUUCCCUUUCUACUACACUUUCAAGUUUGUCUUUCUCCUGUGGCUGUCCCUUCCCGCCUUCAGCUUUAGGGGUGCCGAGAUCAUCUUCCGCUCGUUCCUGGCUCCUGCUCUGGGACGUUACUUCCACGCUCCCGGCUCCACCGCCAGCGGCCUCCGCGCGAAGGCCGACUCCCUCCACACUGAGUAA